AUGCGAGUGUUAUUUUGGAAUAUAAAUGGUGUUGCUCGUGAGGCAGCACAAUCAAAACUUUGUGAUAUGAUUAGGGAGUUUAAACCUGAUGUCUUUUGUCUAGCUGAACCAAAAGUAGCGUGUUCUGCCAACUUUCGAAGGCGUCUUCAGAUGGAAGGUUACUCUCAAAAUGUUAUUCGUAAUGCUUCUUUUUCUCAUGUGGCUAAUAUUUGGAUUUGUUUCUUAGAUGGUUUGGUUCCUUCGGUUGUAAAUAGAAGUAGGCAGGCUAUUACUAUUGCGGUAGAGGGUGUGCACAUUUCUUUUAUCCACGCAAGUUAUGUUCAAGUGACAAGAAGGAGGCUUUGGCAGCAGCUUGAUUUGCAAGAUUCAGUUACACCUUGGCUGGUCAUGGCUGAUGCUUUGGGUUCUAAAUUUACUUGGGCGAAUGGUCAAUCGGGUUCACAUAGAAUCAUCAGUAAACUUGAUAGGGCUGUUAUUAAUAGUGCUUGGUUAGCUAAGUUUGAAAAUUGGCGGUAUAAAGAUCUUCCUAAAGAAGUUUCCGACCAUUCAACUCUUCUUGGUUAUCCUUUUGUGGUGCCAAGGCCAAAGAGAGCUCCUUUUAGAGUUCAAAAAAUGUGGUUCUUACAUGAGGAUUUUAUUCGCAUGGUUAGUGACAGUUGGAAUGCACCAGUUCACGGUUCGCUAGAUUUUAUUUUUCCUUAUAAGAUGAAAAGGCUGAAGGUGACAAUGAAGGAUUGGAAUCUUAGAGUUUUUGGUAUUAUUCAUUCUCAUUUGAAGCAAGACCAACUUCGUUUUGAGACUGCAGCUAGAAAUUCAGAUGAUGAUCCAAGUAAUAUUGCUAAACUUAAUGCUAUGAAAGACGCUAUGGAAAUCCUUUCUGAGACGAGGUUACAACAUAUUACUAUGUUGAAACAAAAGUCUAGGAAUCAAUGGUUGGUUGAAGGCUCAAGUACCACGAAUUUCUUUCAUAAUAGCAUUCGUAUUAGGAGAAGCAAUAACACUAUUUCUGAAUUGGUUGAUGCCAAUGGUGUUACUAUUACUGACUAUGAUCAAUUGAGUAAUCAUGCGGUUCAGUUUUAUGAAGACAAGUUCAAUGGCCAGGACUUGGAUAUUGAUGAUGAGUUAUUCAAUUUUGAUCACCCCUCCAUCUCAAUAGAAGAAAGUAAUGAUAUGGACAGAAUCCCUUCUCCGGAAGAAAUCAAACAAGUUGUUUUUGAGUUAGGUGCGGAUAGUGCUCCUGGUCCGGAUGGAUUUUCUGGUUGUUUCUAUCGUCAUUGCUGGGAUAUUAUUCAAGAUGAUUUGAUAAAAGCCAUUAUUUACUGUUGGAAUACUGGUCACAUUCCUAAUGGUGUCAAUUCUUCCUUGAUUAUUCUGCUGGCCUAG